AUGGACAAGACAUCUUUCAGUUUGCUGUCUGUGAAAAUCAUACAAGUAACUAAUUUACGAAAAGCCAAUUUAUUUGGCCAGUCUGACUGCUAUGUGAGCUUGUUCCUGCCAUCAGCUUCAUUUGAAACGGCUCGUACAAAGAACAUUAAGGACUGUAAAGAUCCAGUAUGGAAUGAAACCUUCUGCUACAGGAUACAGAAUCAAGUCAAAAAUAUUUUGGAACUGAUUGUUCAUGAUGAAAACCACUGCCUUUUGGAUGGCCACCCCUUCACUGUUCUGUUUGACAUUGCUAAACUUCAGCUUGGAGAAACAAUUUGCCUCACAUUUCCACUGGAUCCAAAAAUUCAAGAAAAUCUGGAAGUAGAAUUUAGUCUGGAAAAUAUUUCAGUUCCUCCUGAGAAUAUUGUUACUAAUGGUGUACUAGUGUCCCGUGAAAUUUCCUGCUUGGAGAUAGAAGUGAAUAAUAUGAAAUGUAUUUCAAAAGGUAGAAACACAGAUAAAACUGUUUGUCUUACUUUACCUCUGGAUUCAAUCUCUAUGGAAAAAGAAGUCACUGUAGCCCAGUGUCUUCCUAAAUUAAUCAUAACAAUGAUAUUUUAUUUCUUUCAUCAUGGACUAAAUGCAAGGCAAAAAGAGCUUGAUGUACGUUUAGACUACGAACUGUGUCCAGAUGAAAAAGUAUUUAUACAGAAAAGGAAAAAAAUUGUAGCAGCUGCCCUGAAAAGGGUUCUUUGCAUGGACAAUGAUUUGCAACAUCAUGAGGUACCUGUGGUAGCUAUCAUGGCCACAGGAGGUGGAGCUCGGGCAUUUACAGCUUUACAUGGCCAUUUACUUGGUCUUCAGAAAUUGAAUCUCUUAGACUGCCUCACAUACAUUUCUGGAUCUUCCGGUUCUACUUGGACACUUUCAAAUCUGUAUGAAGAACCUGGUUGGUCCCAGAAGGAUCUUUUAGGACUGAUUGCCGAGGCUCAAAAAAAUAUGUCCAAAUGCAAGCUGGACUGCUUUACAUUAGACCAGUUAAAAAAAUACCAUGAUAUACUGAAGCAGCGGGAAAAGGAUGGUUAUAAAACCUGCAUUACUGAUCUCUGGGGAAUUUUCAUCGACCAAGCAUUAGGAAAUGGGAGAUGUAGCAGCACACUGUCAGAGCAGCGGCAUGCCGUGAAUUAUGGUCAGAAUCCUUUGCCUAUAUAUAUGAUCCUCAAUACCAGGGACAAAUAUAGCCUUCAAGAAUUUAAAGAGUGGAUGGAAUUUACUCCUUUUGAGGUUGGAUUAUUAAAAUACGGUGCUUACAUUCGUGCUGAAGACUAUGGAAGCAAAUUCUUUAUGGGUCGGAUAAUGAAGAAGAUCCCAGAAUCUCACAUCUGCUUCCUGAAAGGUAUGUGGAGUAAUGUGUUUUCCUACAACCUCUUGGAUGCAUGGCAUAAAAUUGACAGUUCAGAAGAUAGUUUUUGGUAUAGCUAUACCCAUGACAAAACAAAGCAAAUAGAAGAAAAACCACCUCUGCCACCAGUAGCAGAAGCAGUGAAUACUUACCUGGUCAAGCCUACAUGUAACAUUAUGAAGACAGUUCGCAAAGUCAUAACAGAGCGUGUAUCAACAUCAGAAGUCUACAAUUUCUUAAAUGGAUUCCAAUUAAACAAUGGAUAUCUAGAGAAUAAAAAUUUUUAUAUAUGGAAAGAUACUGUACUGGACACUUUUCCUAACCAGUUGAUGACUUCAUUGGAAUAUCUGAGCCUUAUAGAUACAGCUGCCUAUAUAGACACCAGCUAUGCACCACUGAUGAAACCAGAGAGAAAAGUGGAUGUCAUUAUACAUUUGAAUUAUUCUUCAGGCUCACAAACAACACCUUUAGAGAAAGCCUCCAGAUACUUUGCAAAGCAAGGGAUUCCUUUCCCCAAAAUAGAUCUGAGUAGGGAAAAGAAUCUGAAGGAGUGCUAUGUUUUUGAAGAUGCUACAGAUUCCGAAGCACCUAUUGUGGUUUUUUUCCCACUAAUAAAUGAUACCUUCAAGAAAUACAAAGCACCAGGUAUGAAACGUGGUCCCACUGAAAUGAAGCAAGGUGAAGUUGAUGUAACUAGUCUUUGUUCGCCAUAUGAAAUAAAAAACUUUCAAUACACCAAGGAGAAUUUUGAUAAGUUAAUAGAGCUAACCAGUUACAACAUUCAGAAUAACAAAAACUUAAUCCUUCAAGCUUUACAAAGAGCAAUAGAGAGAAAAAAGCCUCGGACCAAACAGACAUCUUCUCAAAUCUGA